ACCCAUCAUCCCUUUCGAAGCCUCGUUGCUAGAGUAACCGGAUGAGGCCUAAUUUUUUUCUCUGCUGAAAUUGGGGAUUAAUUUCUUGCGAUGUGGCGCAGAGCCUCGCGUAUCGGAGUGCCUGGGUUCUUGGAAUGUCGGGUCCUCCAUGUCACUGCGGGCCGGUCAAUUCGGACCCAAAAGCUAAAGGAGAAACGAGAGACCGUGGAAAUUCCCGGGCUGGAACCCAUCACCUACUGGGACAGGAUGCACUUCGAACCGGGCUUGGCUGAACCCAAAUAUCCCGUCUGGAAACGUGAUCGGGAAGAUCCCUUCCACCGACAGGCCCCCAAGUAUGAGGAGAUGCCACUAUACAAGGACAGACCGUGUUAUACCUUCCAACAGAGAACCAAAUUGCUGGAAGGUGUUAAACAAGCUCUUUGGCUGACCAAGUCUAAGUUGAUAGAUAGCCUUCCAAAGCAGUUAGUAGGCAUAGCUGAAGAUCCUGCAUAUCGCAUGGAAGAUCAGGAUGAGCGUGUUCAGGCAGCUAUCAGUCAUGCUCGAUUUUGGAGUGGCCCUGAAAUUCGUCCCAAAAGAGAUCGGUUUUGCCCUGUACUGAUGCAGAACCUCCUACACUUGUGCAGGAUCCAGCAGCCUCAAUUUCCCACACUUGGAAAAAGGAUGUUGGCUGAAAAUUACCGUAUAUCAGUAACAUGGGAGAGAGAAUCUGACCUAUAUCGGAUUUGUGGUUUGAAUGGAAUGCUCUUGAGUAGUAAGCAACCUUUACCAGCCGUAGCAGGAGAAAAAGAGAUAUUAAGCACAGAAAACCACCCCCUUCCAACAUUCUAUCCUAUUUCACCUAAUAUUGAUCUGCAGCAAACACACGUCUAUAAAGUAUAUAAUGACACAGGUUUCCAGGAUGGAUACCCUUUUCCUCAUGCACAUACCCUGUAUAUUACGGAUCCCUCUGUUAAUGCAACACUGUUCAAACCAGAGCCAUUGAGGGCCAAGAUGAUUAUGUUCACUUUUGCCAAUGCCCUUGUAAGGGCCAAGAUUUUGUAUGGGGAAGAACCAAAGGUGUUAGACAAUCCCAUCACAGUACAAUGCAUUGCCACGAAUGGAAGGCUGUUCCAGUUUCUAAUUUUCCAAUUAAAUACCACAAAACUACAAUCAAAUGAUGGGAUAAAAAAUCUCAUUUGGUUGGAUCAAGACCAGCUCCUGUAUGACUAUGCCAAGUGCCUCCCAAUAUUGAAAAAGAAAAUGGUCCAGGUUCCUGCUGGGCUGGCUGGAUAUUGUCCAGAGACAUUCAGCAAGUUUCUUGCAUUAUACUUGCAUGGGGCUGUAUAGAAUUAUAAAUAAAUUUAUUUAUAUGAAGAACUGUUCAUAUUCAUAUGAUGUGUCUUGGAAACAAAAGAUUCUUUAGUGGAAACUGGAAGAAAUACUGACCAUAAAUGAAAGUACUUUGAAUGUGGAUGUAUAUGAAAAUCAGUAUUGCCAAAAGUUUCAAAUGGAAUUAAGAGUAUCAUGUUGAAAAGAAUUAAGAUAAUUAAUUGUGAAUAAUGCCAUUUUUAUUUUUAUUAAAUGUUUAAAAUGCUCAUGUUUCAAUGGCUAGUUUAAACUUGACACUUUGAAAUAAUGCACAGUUUAAUGUAUUUCUUUCCUUACAAUACAGGAAAGUCAUUCUAAUAUUUUAAAUUCUGGUUAGUGAGGACUACAGUUUUAUUUAGGUUGGACUUCACUCCAGCCCUGUAGGCUGUUGUUCAUCCAAACAUGAUGAAAGUCCAAAAUUCUAUUGAAAAUUAUGUAAAUAUUUCCCAUGAGAAUUCUAAUUUUUUCAUGUGCAGUAUAUGGGCCAUUGCUAGGGUAGCAGAAUGUAGAUAGUGGCCAGUUUAUCAGGAUCUAUCAGUUCCAUUUAGCUAUAAUGCUGUUCUGCAGCUUUUCAAAAUUUCUAACAUUUGAUGGAAAGCUGUAAAUUGAAACAAUUUUAAGAAAUAAUGACAUGCAAUGACAUUAGGAAAAAAACAUCUACUGUACACCUGCAGUUUCUGUAAUAGGGUAUUUUUCUUAUACUUAAGGUUGACUUUUUGAAUUUAGCAUGAGCACAUUUUUCAUGAGGGUGCAAAUGAGUGGUUUUAGUCUUUGGUAGAAAAUCAAGAAUAUGGGACAAUUAAUUUUAAAGCAGAGCUUAAGGCCAUAUAGAUUUAAAAAAUCCUUCAUAAUUUGUAAUAAUACAUUUAAAUUUAAGGGAUCGAUAAUCAGAGGAUACACCUUUGAUAAUGGACAAAAAACUAGGUAGAUGAUGAAAGCUGCUCUGGAUUAUUUCAAGAAUGCUCAGAAGCUGGAGAUGGUUACUAAAUUAACUGGAGCAGGAGUGGUCUUUUCUUGUACAGCAAGAUUGUACCUUCAUCCUAACUACAUCUUUAAAAAUUCAACUUGCUUAUUUUAAAGCAGCAAAUCCUGUUGGGGACAAUAACAGCUAGGGAAGAGUGGAUCAUCUAAUAAGAUGCUGUUGAGGGCAAGGACUACUGUAACUGGAGAAAGAAACACCAGUGCAAAGAGUUAACACAAAAAAAGGGAUCAGUUAAUCCACAACGGAUCCAAAAUCAGAUAGUCUGAAAUUCAGAUGUUUUAUAAAAUUGGCUAGCUGCAAGUUUUCUGAUCAGAGCUCUGUUUAGAAAUAUAUCAGUCUCUUUCCCACAUUCUGAAUUAACCCAACUCAGUUUAAGUGUCUGAAGUUUCUUUGGAAACAUCACAGAAAAAACUUGGCAAUUAGAACAAAUAAUUCAAAUCCAAAGUCUGAUAUGAUCUUGCUCAUAAAAGGCACUAAAUUCAGAAACCCCAUUUUUGCAAAUUAACAAACAAUGGGUGAUAAGAAAUGGGAAACCCAGCCUCACCUCCCCCUUAACUGUAUUUCUUAAUCUGCCUUAACACCAGUAACGGAGAGGUCUGCAUUGGUUUUUAAGAUUUUGUAGCUAUUAAAUAACCAAACAUGCUACAGGCCUUAAUGUAGAGUAUUGACUUAAAAUUUCAACAAUUUCUUUCUUCCCACAGCUGCUGCUUAACCUGUUGAAUUUCUCCAGAUCCAAAUGCUGCCUUUGCAUUGCUAACAUAGUAAAAUUAAUUUUGUUCAGAUAAUGAUACUUUCAGAAAUACUGCUUUUCCUGCGAGGUCUUAGCACUUUUCUCAGCGGACACAAGUGUAGAUUCAGAGGGCUUUGCACAAUUACUUUUGCCUGCCUAGUCCUUGCUCUUUAAAUAUGACUAUAAUAUUUUUAGUGAUGCAAUUUUACCACCCUCCAUUACCAAUUUCCAUUUAAUAUUCAAUUAUAUUUGGCAUUAAUGGGAAUUUACGAGCAGCACAGCAAUCAUUGAUGUAAUUGUCAAAAUUUAGGCAGUUCUCUUACAAAAGGAAAACUCAAUUAACAGCAAUGAUACCAUUGCUGCCCUAUCUGAGAUCAACUCAAUCAGAAGACUGGACAGAAAUCUUGGGUCAUCCCCAAUCAAGCUGAUUUAAAACCACAUUAAUCCAUUCAGCCAGCAAGGAAUCAAAAACAAUAGGUUGUACAUUGACCCAAGCUCACGAGCAAGGUAUUUUGCAUCAGAAUCGGGAAAAAAAAAUAUUUACAGGAGGCACCAUCUCAGUCCAAUUAUUUAUAGAAGAGUGAAGGUUGGACAGUCUUAUCCAACCUCUUGUGGGUCUGUCUGCUUCUCAUGCAUUAAAUGUUCUUUAAAGAAAGGUUGUUUACUUUAAAGAAAAUUUCUGAAGAGCAGAAGCUGCCUUGCGUGCAUCAGAUUUGUCUACUUCAUCACAACUGUAAAGGCAUCUUUGCACUGGUACCAACUGAUUUAUGAAUGUAAGGGACAAAUAUGAGAAACAGAGUCAUCAAGGAGUACUUAAUGUUUAUUGUUAAUCCUCAGUUAAAUGUUCGAUUAUUGAAAAAACAUGCACAAAUAUACAGAAAAAAAAUCAACACAAAAGCUUGGUUAGUAAUGCAAGUUUUGGCCUUGAAAAUAAAGUAUGAGCCAAUGCUUCCUGCUAACAAUUUUAGCAGUAGGACAGAAUUUAAACACAUGGGAAGGAAAAUGACAAUAUAAAGUAUAAAGAGAAUGGGGGUAAUGUUGUAUUUAACACGAAGUAUUUAACUUGGAGGUUAGAAAUCACUCAAUUUUGAUGAUUCUUGGCAAGGGUACAAAUAAGGUACCAUGAGAACUUACAAAAAUGAAAGUGAGAUUCAAAUCUCCAAAGUUUAGUUUAAAGUGUGCACAGAUUUAGAAAACAAUCUUGGUAUUGUCAUUCUUCAGUGAAGGGAGAGCCACAAAUAUUAGUAAGCAUGUCCAUAGUCAAGCUGACAAUAAGAUUGAAGCUCUGAUUAAAAGGUUUAGACAGAAAUAAUAUAGUUUUGUAAAGAUGGAAACUCAAAAUGUUAAACAAUAAAAAUCAAUGUGACUAAGGCUGAUGAGUUGAGAGUCAGGAGGAAACAGCUUGUUUGUAGAACCCAGAGUUGGAACUUAUAUUUUACAAAAAAGCUGUUAGCUGUCAUGCUAGCCAUGUCAAAUGCUGAUACUUUGAUUGGAGAGGGGUUGGCAUUAAAUGCAUCAAAGUCUUUGUGGAUCUUGUACAACAAUAUUCACUUAAAGUUCAAAAUCAGAAUACCUAUGUGUUCAUGAUACAAGCAACAAUAUAGUAAGUCACCAUAUUCUGGAAGAAAAUGGAAGCUGUUAAAAUAAAAUGAACAUGAACCUGUUUCAAAAUACAAUAAGCCAACAUUAAGAUACUGAAGCAAUAGCAAAGAACAGUGGUAAAUAGAAAUUUUAAUGAUUAGUUGAAAAUUCAAUUGCAGGAAUAAAACAAAAUGUAUUAUAAAUGGACUAGAAAGGAGAAAUUUGAGAGCAAUUUGCCACCUAAAUUUCUCUUUCAAGAUGCUAAUUGACUUAUUUGCUUUCCUGUUGGAACUGAACAAGUGUAAGUGUUUUAUUUCCCUGCAGUACCUGUACUGUACUUAACCUGGCAAUUCACUAACUUGCCACUGGAUGUAAAAUAAUAUUCUUCAGAUUGGUGAGAAAAUGUUGGCGACCUAACUCAUGUUUCUAAUACAGGGUAAAAAUCAUAGCAUGUCUUUUUCACAGAAUGCAGAUUUACAGAAGCAAAUUCACUUCAAUAUAAUAUUAAAACGUUGAAAUAAAUGUGGACUGAAUUAUUUUGAACAAACUCUCAGGUACACUGUCAAAUCCAAUUUACUUUUUAAAAAAACUCUCCUAGUUAUUAUAUAAAGAUUUUGUCUCACUCCACCUAAGACCAAUUAAUUACACAGCAACUGCAGUAUAAAUACAUACAAAAUGCAAAAUAUGUCAGUCAUCAGUAUACUGCAACUUUACAUAAUGACAUUUGAAAGAUGUUGGGAUUAGAAAUAGAUGGAUAAAGCUUAUAAAUAUCACUAAUUUGCACUGCAUUUUGUUCACAUUGACAAAUAUUUAAGUGAUCGUAAUGACAGAUUUAAAACUGAAAAUAGCUAUUCUGAGGUUUUUUUUAAUGCAAUUUACUUUCAAUCUAAUUGUUUAAAAAAAUUCAACUCCCAAUUUGGAGACAAUUAACUUUUGUUUAAGCAUCUUAACAGCAAACAUUUAAAACGUGAAGGCAAAAUAAACCCAUCAUUUGGUACACAUCCUCAGUUAUACCUGUAAACAUCUGUACACAAUCUCUUUUCCCCCACAUGGCAUUCACACAUUCUUUGGUUUCUAUUCAAGAGAUUUCCUUUAACAAAUGGAUUCUACAAACCUAAAAUCAUUCUAAUUUAAGUGUUUCUUUUUUGCUCCAGUUGAAUAAUAACACUUCAAGAAUUCAAGCAAUGUUGAAAAUAAAUUAACAUAGUAUGAGGAAAUUCAUGUGGAGCACAUGAGACAGCAUGGAAUAAAUAGCCUGGUUUACAUUUUACAUCAAUUUGAGCAAACUUUUCAUCUGAUUCUCAAUUCCUUACCAAUGGAAGUAAUGCAUUUAAUUAUGUAACAAAUUAAUGUUAUUCUUUUUGGUGGCUUCCCUCAAUUGUUCCUAGAAUAACACUCAAUUACACCUCCUCUCACAAUUCACUUGGACUUGCUCUUGAUACUUGAAAUAACAAAGAUUUUAUAAGAUUUUAAGAAACUCUUGCAGGAACACAAGACUGUAGUUAUUAAGAGAACAGAGAAGUUUAAGUAUCUUUGAAAAAUACAUACUGAGAUGCAACUGUCAAACUUAUGAGAAAGCCAAAUACAAUAAAUCUAAUGAUCAUUGCCAAUAAGUACCAGGAUGCAAGGAAGUAACUCAAGGAAUAAAUGCAACAAAGAAUCAGUGUCUCAAUGAUGCAUACAUUUUAUGUACUGCUUUUUAAGCUUGAAAACACUUGAAAUAUCUUAAGACUUCAAAGCAUCCCAGAUCAUUUUGUUGUCACCUGGUUAUAUUUCUCAAUGUUUGGCAAUAGAUACAAAACUAUUUAGCUUUGCAAAUGCAAAAUUACAGCACCAGUUAUAAGAAAUUAAAUAAUUUCUAUACAAUAUACAAUAUUGGCAAUCUUCAAAAAACAGAAUUAUUUAAUUUUGUAAUGACACUUUAAUAGUUCAAAGAUAAAACAACAUACUCAGGUCAGAAGCAACCACUGAUUAUAUCAUAUUAGGACAAAACAUUCUUAAAAAGCCUCAUCAUAGUUUUAAAUGUCAAGAGCUAGAAACAUCUUUCCUGACUUCCUUAAAAAUUACCUGUGGGAGAGCUGAUGGAAAUAGCAAGGCUGGGAGACACACUGUAAAGUGACAUAUCUAUCAGCUCAAACAUGUUUUUUAAAAUAAAUAAACAAUUCUAGUGAAUUUUUGGUAGCAUUUGUCAGCAACUCACUUGGUUAAUUUCUUCAUCAUAAUAAGGUCACUAUUUGUUAAGUUCCUUGUUCCUUUUUUUUAGUUUCUUAAUUUUUUGUGUAUUUCUUUCCAACUUCCCUUUUUAAUUUUGUGUGGGUAGGCUAAUUUUCCUCUUUAUCCAUCUCCCAUUUUUGUGUUUUUGUUAAAACAUUUUUAUCUAUAUGGUUUUUAGUUUUCUAAAUUACUAUUUUGUUACAGUUUCUCAGUUCUUGUUCCAUAAUUUCUUCAUAUUUUAAAUAUAUUCAGCAAAGUGGUUGUCCUCUGCUACUUGCAGGAGAAUAUGCACAGGCAAAAUACAUAGACAAGUUUAUCAACUUCACUCAUUACUCAUUCCCUUCCACCACCCCUAUUCGUUUUGGAAAAUUCCAUUUGUAUUUUCUUUCAGAUUUUCAAAAUUACACAUAAGCAGAAGUCAUAAUCUCAUUAGAAAAUUAGAUUAGGAAAGAAAAACAGGGUUGCAAGGAAAAUGGAUAAUAGGAGAUGUCACUGGUGAAAUAUUAGUGUAUUGUUGUGUAGGACAAAUCCCUACACAAAAAUCUGCAUUUCACACAAUUUUACUAUCAUUUCCAUUUCCUUUUUUAAAGUUCUAUAAUUUAAUUUCUGAUUUCAUUUCCUAGUCCAUUCAAUUGCAGCUUCAUUUCCUAGUCGAUUGAAAAACACUGGGGUGGGUUGGUCCAUGCCUCAGUAUUUAAGGAUAAAUUUUACACUGCAGUUAAUGCUCAAGAUAGAAAUGUGAUACUUUGCUAUUUUAGGCUUCCAUCAUUGAUCCUACCUCAGGUUAGUAGAGGUCUUUUAAGAGGCAUUUUGCCUUCAACAGGUGCCUCAAACAUCUUAGUUCUACAUUAAGUAGGAAUUAGAUUUGUUCUAGCCAUUUAAUUGAACAUUCCCUACCGUACAAAAUGAGAGUUUUCAUAAUGUUUUUGAUUUGGACAAUGUGUACUCUAAGUCUACCAUCUUCCAAAUUGACCUAAGGCUUCCCAAUCUAAUUUUGAGCAUAACCAAGAUGGCAAGAAUGCUGGCAUCAUCCUUCCCUGGAUUCAGAUGAGUGCUACACAGUUAAGUGCAUUGUGCACUCAAGAGUGACAUUUGACAGCUUAGUCCACAAUUUCCAUAGCUUGCUGUUUUCAUAUUCAAUUUCCUAUGCACCAGUCAUGUAAUACUUUAAGAGUUUCCUGGUGUGACAUAGAACCUCUCCACCUUUCACAAGCAGCUUGAUCCUUUUCAAACAAAUGCCUAGUUUUACCACAACUACUGCACUUCAUUAUUCUGUACAAUACAGAAUGGGAAUUAUUUAAAUUGUAUCUUGUACUUUAACUCUUUUAAGUUGAGGAACAGGAAAUAUCAGUAUUUCUUCCAACAACUCUGAAUAGCAAGUUAACAGAAAAGAAUCAAAAUUAAGUUUUAUGUUUAUAUUUAUUACAGCGUUGGAGAAAAGAACCGUUUCAUUCAAAACCAUCCCAAUGAAGACAAUAAUUUAGCGAAUUUGUAAAAUUACAUUUGCCAGACUUGUCUUUGUCUCAGUUUAAAAUGCACGAUUUCCUGGAGACUGAAAUCUACAAUAAAACACCAAAAUUUCAUCAGUAUGUUCCGAUCUGACUGCAAAUAGGAGAUUUACAUACUCGGUCAGCAACUCUACAGCUAAACACAGUUAGAUUGAUUUGAAACACAUCUAAAAAGGCAAUUCAUUUAGAAAGAUCCUGCUAUUUCCCCCAUCCCCUACCACCCCUCUCCCC